AUGGUUAUAGGUGGAUGCCCCAGGCAGCAACAGGCAACGAGCUGCGAUCCAAUUCCAGCGCGAACAGUUGGAUCCGAAAGCAACUUGCAGAGACACCACGUCAUAAACGAGCAAUUGGGCGCCAACGACGCCAUCAACCGGCUCAAGAUGCCUUUUCAACGACUUGUGCGGUCAUCCGCAGUCCGCUCCAGCCUUGCGGCCACUCGAUGUUUGCCAGUGGCUCAGCGACGAGGAUUCUUGCCUGCUUCUCUGUCUGACCGCAAGGUUUUCGAUGCCAAAUACCCCGACCGCCAGACGAUGUCUGAGGCCGAGGACCCUGGCAUGAAUGGCGGCUACAUCAACCCUCCUAGAAUCAAGCGACAGUUCCGUGACCCGUACGCCACCUGGUGGGACCCCCAGGAACGACGAAAUUUCGGCGAACCUAUCCACGAGGACAACGAUGUCCUCGGUAUAUUCUCACCCUAUGAGUACACCUGGACCAAGCCGGGCCCUGGCUUGAUCAUGAUUGGCAGUUUUGUUGCUGUGUUUCUGGGCCUUUCAGGUCUAGUCUAUCUGAAGUAUCCUGAUCAGCCCACAUACCCUCGAGAAUUUGAAGCCGGAUUGGAACGAGAACUGGGCGGACCUGGAGCUGUAAGGGCACGAAGGGAAGGUGACGAGGACCCUUGA